CCUGAUUGCCUCCAACAGGUUUUUGGCUGACUAGAAGAGCAUUUAUUCCCCACCAGUUGUGUGUGAAGUUAUUGUUCUGAAGAUGAAGUUGUGUCAGCUAGAAGGUCUGAUUUUUGUGCUCAUCAUACAUGCUGCUGCAGCACAGCAGAGCUUCAGCAGCAAGUUUGGCUGCUACAAACCUCAGCCUAGAAAACCAAACUAUGGAGCCAAAACUGCAUCUCGUGCUCAUGAACUCCUGAACCUUGCUCACCUGCCAAAGUCCUGGGACUGGAGGAAUGUGAAUGGUAUUAACUAUGCCAGUACCACCCGUAACCAACACAUCCCUCAGUUCUGUGGCUCCUGUUGGGCACAUGGUAGCACCAGUGCUAUGGCAGAUCGUAUCAAUAUUAAGCGUGGAGGGGCAUGGCCAUCUGCAUUUCUGUCAGUCCAACAUGUAAUUGACUGUGCUGACUCUGGUACCUGUUAUGGAGGAGACCAUGCGGGUGUGUGGGAGUAUGCUCACAACCAUGGGAUUCCUGAUGAGACCUGUAAUAACUACCAGGCUGUUGACCAAGACUGCAAGCCAUUCAAUUCCUGUGGCACUUGUACAACUUUUGGGGAGUGCAAUGCUAUCCAGAACUACACAUUAUGGAAAGUGGGGGACUUUGGUGCUGUGAGUGGAAGGGAAGAGAUGAUGGCAGAAAUCUAUGCUGGAGGACCAAUCAGCUGUGGCAUCAUGACCACUCAGAAACUUCACGGGUAUACUGGCGGCUUGUACUCGGAGUAUGUCCAGUUUCCUGUCAUUAACCACAUUGUGUCAGUAACAGGCUGGGGUGUGGAAAAUGGCACUGAAUAUUGGAUUGUUCGCAACUCUUGGGGGGAACCUUGGGGUGAAAAAGGUUGGCUCAGGAUAGUGACCAGUGCCUACAAAGAUGGAAGUGGAUACUUGUACAACCUUGCUUUGGAAGAAGACUGUAUAGUUGGAGAUAUGAUCAUCCCCUUAACUUACCAAUAAAAGUUGAAGAUUA